AUGUUUUUGUGCAUUCUCUUCGUUCCAGUUCAAUUUAUCUACCGCUACCGAGUGGUGACUUCUUCCGACACAUCGUUGAAGACCGUCUUACUUCCUCUGUUACUGGCAUCAUCAUACAUGGUGGUGCAUUGCAGCAUCUUACCUUAUACAUUCCAAAGAACAUCCCCCAAAUACGACAAAUUGUUAAUCGACAAUGGUUUCGAACAAUACGCCGGUCGCAAUUAUUAUGUUGGAGACGUGGUAAGGGUACUGGUUAUUAGACUACACUUCCUUGUUUCCGACCAAACACUACAGUAAGUGUUCUAGGAGGCAAAUGUCUGGUUAAUCCCGCAUCUUGGAAGCUGCAACACAACGGUCCUUUUAAGUUAUGUCCUUACCUACUUUUACCGCAAGAGAACGCAGCGCUAUCUGCAACGCUUUGGCACAGACGUGACAAGAUCCACUCUUAGAGCUCAAAAGCAAAUGGGAAGAGUCAUGAUGCUGCAGGUAAAGCAGAUACCACCCGAACCAAGCAAUAAUUUAGGCACUCUACCCAACAGUUGUGUUUGGACUUCCUUGUCUUAUCCUUGCGACGUCUCCAAUCAUCGGAUUUAGCUCCAAAUGGUUAGGAAACAUCCUGAUUGUCUCAGUGCAUACAUUGCCAACGUUAAAUGCGCUAUCAGUAAUUAUAUGUGUUCCUUCAUACCGGAGGAUCACAAAACGUUUAUUGCUGACUAUUCUAAGAUGCAGCGGGAAGGACCUGGAGAGAUACGAAUCAAAAGUUCACUCAACGACCGAGGGCGCUAACAAAACUGUUGAUUAA